GUGGAAAUCACUUUUGCAAGGAAACCAGUCUUAUUUUUGUCCAUAAACACAGAUGUAUGCACAUCUUAUAUUAUCUGACACAGAUUUCUCAAUAAAGUUAUGUCUAGCAUCUAAUGGUACUGCUUAUUUAUGAGUAAUGUGCAGCAGGAUUUGGGCUAAACUUUUCUAUCUCUGGGGGUAAUGUUCCUUUAAAAGAAAACACAGGGCAUGACAUGUGAAAGCAGCAAGUUCUGUUCUAUCUAGCUGGCAGAAAACAUUGGCAUCAGUAACUGUAUUGUAUAAAUAAGGGGCUAUUCAGUCUGUCCCCACUCUUCCAUUCUAACGCCAAAUUAUAGUGCAUGGAAAAAUUGAGCUUGUUCUAUCAGACAGAAUUACCACCAGCUGUCCUAGUUCCUUUUUUCUACAUAUCCCUCGCUCAUCUUGGUUUCGUGGCACUUUUUUUUUCAGACAGUGACCCAGAGUUUCUUCAAUGAAAUAUUCUCCAUAUUUCUAUUUCUUGUGCUCAUUCCUGUGCAUUGGUGCUCUUUCUGUGCACCUUUGCAGGUUUCUUUUCCCAAGCUCCUUGUUUUUUUUUCAGAACUUCUGCAAGAAUGCUGGAAACUGUGUCCUAGUUACACUAGCUGCAUUUGAAAGCAGGUUUUCAGGAUCCACAGCUCCAAUACUUCCAGAAGCCUGUCAGGAAAUGUGGAUGGAUUCUGUUGAUUACCAGGAAGUAUUCUGUAGAAGUCUGGAUCAAGAAACUGGAAAAUAUUUCAUGAGUCACCACUGAUUCAUAAUUCUGGCAAGUUUCUUUCCUUGAAAAAUUUUCAGCCAGUUCUAAACUUUGCUUUUCUAUAUUUCUCUGUUGGAUUUGUUUCUUAAGCGUUACUCAGACACAUAACUUCUCAGUAAGUGAUUUGCAAGUGACUAAAAUGUUAAGAAAUCUGUUUCUAAAUAACAAAUGAAUAAACUAGAGUUUGAAGAGAGGGAAGAUAACAGUCCUUCAGUGAUAGGCAUAUGGGUUGUUUUUUCAGUCCUUGAUAUUACAGUGAUAGAAAGACUGUAGAUAAAUGAUUUUCUUUUCUCAUAGAUGCUUAAAAGCAAUCCAAUGUAUAUUCAUCCUUACAACACAAAAACUUGCUGCAUUCUGUUUAAAGUUUUUUCUUCUUACUUUCCUUCUUUUUAAGCAAAUCUUUCUCAAAAAUGCUUUACAUAUAGUUAUUUUAAAAUGCAUUUUGAAUUUGAGAAGGAAUCUGAAAACUUUGGAAAUGCAGUUUGAAAACUCAAAUCGCAUAAAUCAAACUGAAUUGUUAGAGUGCUCAUCUUUGGGAUGUGGUUUACUAACAGAUAUUGUUCAACUAUGAAUUAUUUUUUGUCUUCAUUUACUAAUUAAAAAUAUAAAUAUUAUAAAUGUAAUAAAUUUGCAGAUAAUCAUCUAAACUGUCUUGUAAAUCUGUCCUGGAUCUUAGCUGUAAGAUUACUUUAUUUCUUUAAUUCUUCAUUCUAAUGUGAGAGUUGGUCUUGUUGUCCUUAUGUUGACAUAUGAAAUGAAUGAACAGAAAUAUAUUCUGUUUUUUGAUAGAUAUUGAAGUAGUAAUGUGUUUUAUACUGGUAGAACUAAUAUGUCAUAAUGAAAUGAAGGGCUUGAAGUACUGGGUGAUUUGAAUUAUUGUUACCAAAAGGUGUACUUUGGAAGGCUUGACUGGGCACAGUUGAGCAUAAACAUCAGACUCAAAAUCUCUGCAAAUGGAUGCUCAUUUUUGUUCGUAUCUCAUAAAGAUCAUAAACAUAAACAGUAGUAAAUUAUUCACUUCUGUAAUGGAUAUUCUGUAUUUUUUUGUAAACAAGCAAGGGAAACAGGACUAGGAAAUAAAGCUGCUAAAAGUGGCAAAUCUGCCAUUGUUUGGAUAAUCACUGAAUGAUUGACAGUAGCUUGUGAAAAUGAAAAGUUGUAUAUUGUGGGACUACCUGCACUUGGUGUUCUUGGUGCCUUCAUUAACAUGUUCUGUUUUUUGAAGAUGAAUUAAAUCUGUUGGGCUCUGCAAGCAUGCUAAAGACCAAGAUUAAAAUGAUAUUGACAACUUGAAAUAAUGAGCCAAAAUAAAAUAAGGUAUGUUCCACAGACAAGUGCAAGGUUCUGUGUGGUAGGUGGGAAUCAUCAGCUGUUUAUAGAGUAGGAUUACUGUUCUGUUUUUGUGGAAAAGGGAAGGUAUAAAUAAACCUUUAUGCUGAGGAGGAAGUGUCUUGAUGUCCCUUCAGUGUCUUGAUGCAGAGAACUGAAAGGGCAAAAUGUGUGAAGAUAAAGGCCAAAGAAAACAGGUGACUCCUGAGAUGAGUGUAUAGAUCUCCAGACAUCAGCACAGUAACAGCUCUCCAUGAAGGUAAACGGCUUGACAAAAUGUCUUUACAAAGUAUUGAAAGGAACAAGAAUGCAUAGGAAGGAAAGACAAGAGGAAAGAAUACUGCAAGUACUAUAUACUAAAAGGUAAUUCAAUAUUGCACAUAGUUGUUCUGAAAUGUACAUAUCUUUUCCUGUGUAUAAAUUAAAAGAGCUAGAUGCCAUAGGGUCUUUAGAGAAUCAUGAACCAGAAAGAGUAUGUGAGACAAUCAGGUUACUAUCUCAGAUUUUACUGUGAUUAAUAGAGAGCAACUAGUUGAAAAUCUGAACGUAAAAAGCAGUCAAAAAGAAAGUUACUGUGAGGACAAAUAAGAAACAAUUCAUGAUUGAAAGGAAAGAAGGAGAUGAGAGAAACAGGAUAACAUCAGUUGAUCAGCUGGGUUUCAAAAAGCAAAUUUCAGUAUGUUCAAGGGUUUAGUACAUAAGAUUCUGGGGAAGGGAUUCUAAGGAAGUUUCUUACAAAAAGAAAAAAAAACAAAAAGGUGAAUGCUGUUCCAAAACAGGCUAUAUUUUAAAUACGGAAACAGCCCAUCCUCAUGUAAAGAGAAGAGGACCAGCAGAGCAGUUUGACUGCAUGGGCUCAUCAAUGAUGUGACAGGAAAAAAAAAAGAAAGGGAAGUACUGAAAAAGGUAGAAGCAGGAGAAGCAAAAAGGAGUGAAUUAGCAAGAAAAAUAGAAAAGAAUAGCACAGCAGGUUAGGAAUAAAACUGGACAGACAAAAUGCUAUUGCCAACAAUAGAUAAGCAAAACAGUAAGGAUGGAUUCUUCAAAAAUUUUGUUACAUAGAGUUCUUUGCUGAUCAGAAGAGGUGGAUAACUGUUAGAUGGUGGUAAAGCCAUUUGCUGUUUCACAGCCUGCUCUCUCAACAAUGCAUGCUGUGAUCAAAGUUAAUCAGGAACUAGGAGUGAGAAUGGGAGUCUAUCAUGCUAAUUUCGAUUAAAAAAAAAGCUGAUUAAAUCUGUUCAAUAGUGAAUAAGGAGCAAAACUGAAAUAAUCUUGGUGGUGUUGUACUUUCGAUCUAGGGAGAAUGUGUGAGUUUCUGGAGAACUAGGAAUGAAAAUAGUAAUCAAAAUUGGGAAAAGGAGACAGGAAUAAGUGGAGGGGCAAGGUAAAGAGUAUGUCUUGGGGAAUUACACUGUCAGCCAGAUUAACUUUGAUACCAGAAGAGAUACUAAAAAAUCUACUUGAAAUCUCUACAAGCUUAGAAAAUAAUUUUAAAUGCUAUCAUGCAUUUGUCCAUAAAGUAAUUUUUGAAAAACCUAAUGGUCUCAUUUGUCAGCAUAACUGUAUCAAUAUGUGGGGAAAAAAAACCCAGCAUACUGUAUGUUUAAGUCUAUAAAUCUCUUUACAACAGAUUUAUGUGACCUGCUUAUGUAUUGGGUUGUUAAUAUCCAGGUGAAUGUACUGUUAGUUGGGUACACAACUAAUUAGUCAUUUCAAAGACUAAUUACUACUGCUUGUUAAACUGUGAAGAUGAGGGGGUGUAGUAGGGGUAGGGCUAUCCAUAUUAGGAUAGGGCCUGGAUCCAGCUGUGUCUGGGAUUUUGACUAAUGAUAUGGAGGAUGGACUGGAAAACAUACCCAUGCAGCAUAGAAGAUUAAACUCAAAAUAAUUGUGAUAAUGAUUUAAAUUUAAGCUCUAACUCCUAUAUUUUAAGGGAAAACUGUGAAAUGAAAAACUAAGGAACUCAGAAAAGAAACUCUUGGGACCACAAUGUAUCACAAACUGAAUAUGAACCCAUCUGUAGAGUUUUCCAAAAUGAAGAAAAUAAGAAGAAAAAAAGGCAAGAAGACCUGAGAUGUACUGUGAGAGAGCCAUAUAUGACAGAAGUUUCCUGCAUGUGAAGUCUUACUACAACCGGGAGAUGGCACAAGAGAGCCUUCCAACGUUUCACGAUGUACGCGCCGCACUGAGAGCAAAGGUAUUUUAAAAAGUGAUUGACUUUCCAGGUGACUAUGUAAAAUCUGUUCUUUAGAAGCUGGCAAAUGUAAAAUAGAAGAAGCAUUUGCAUCCCAUUUGUAAAACUAUAUGUGUAACUGCUCCCUUUAAUCCUAUAUCUUUAAAUCUUAAAGUUUCCUUCGACUUGUGAAGCCUGUCAGAGGAAGUACACUGCUUUGCUUGGGAUGAACACAGACACUGAAUCACAUAUUGUUAGAGUAGCUAAGCAUCUUACCUAACUGUAUUCCUGCCCUCCCCCACUAUGUUCUCACUUUUCCCUUAUUAUUAAGCUGAGAGGAAAUGUCGGGACGUCUGUGCUCCCCUGCUUUGGUGUGCAGUGGAGGCAGAGGGUCAGUUGUCCUCUGUUGCUAUAGUUCUGCAUUAUUCAGAGUUAAAGUUUUCUUCUUCAGCUAAUAGUAACCUUUCCAGAGUGAUGUAAGUGAUUGAAAUAAAGAAAAUAGGAAGAAACAGUGUAAUGUGAGAAAGACAGAAAAGGGGAAGAAAUAAUUAGAAAUAUGAAAUGGAAAAGAGCUUUGAAACCCAUUUUUGAAAUAGGUAACAUUCUCAUUGAUAUAAGGAAGCUGGUUUUGGAGCAGUACAAAGAUCUGAUUUGUGUUGGAUGAAUAAAGAGUCAGUAAAAUGUUUUCACUGCUCAGACGUGCAGCAUUGUAGAACAUAGACCAGGAUGGGCACAAAGGGUGACAGAUGACCCAAGGUAGCCUAAAAAUUAAGGGGGAAAAAAGAUUAUGUGAUAGCUGAAAGUGAAAGGUUGCUUUCUGGAAGUGAUAGUACAGCUGUAUUUCUUGAGAAGGAAUUUGCAAGAAGCAGAAAGUGAAAAUAGUGCAUGAAAUAUUCUGUUAUCAGUUUUACGUUAAACGAGCUGUUAAAUUUAAUUACAGAAGUUCCCACAUUGGGAACAUUUAUUCUUCAGCUAAUACUGACAGAGAAAAAGCCCUUGAUGUAAAGCACCUGAAAAAGCCUCUCAGAUUUUGACAAGAUUUUAAGGUAUUUCAGUGUUUUGUUUUUGUGGUCUUGAUCAGACUGACAGUCCAAGUGACCUGAAUAAUUGUUAAAACCAAUGGGACUCGUGAAUUUAUGUAUACACAUUAUUCUGCAUAGGUGUAUUUUGAAUUCCUGUAUAAUUCAUAGUCCUAAAACAACCCAGAUCCCAAAACAUAUUAGUGGACCUAACAAUUAAUUCCCAUUUAUUCUGAGAGAUAGGAUCAUUUCUAGGGUCCCUUUUCAUGCUAUUUUUUUAAAGUAGUAGUUAGAAAAUUAUCCUUGCUAGGCUAUGAAGAAUUAAACCAAGUCCAAACUUUUGAGCAGUUUUGUCUGAGAAGUGUGUCCAUAGAGACAUCUCUCAGUUACAGUAUGACAGCAAUGACCACCAAAGAAGGAUUUGCAUGCCUGAAACUUGGCUGCUUUUCAACUCUAAUAGUUUUUUUGUAGUUAGAAAUAAUAACAAUGAUAAAUUUCUGCUGGUAACCCUGCCUCUGUAGCAACAGCAGUACAUGUUUAAAUAUAGUUCUGAUUUGUAACAACUUUGAAUUCUUUUUUAAUCUGGCUAAACUGGGUAAGAGCUUACUAAAACCAAUCCAAGUAAGUGUUUUCUUCCUGUAGAACUUGUAUUUUUUAAAAGAUUUCACUGGCUGUUCAGAUUCUGGUAGCAGCCUUAUAGUAAGGGGAUGUAGGAGCUCCCAGCAUUUUGAGCACUGUGUUGAUUUAUAUCAGUUCUAAGCACAAAGAGAAAUUUAAUUUUUGUCUAUGCCUUGUCACUCUGUUUGUUCCAGGCUCUCCUGGUAUUUCUGCACAUGUGGUCUUUUCAUUUCUCAUGGAAAAAAUAGCUCUUCUUCUGUCAGGGAGGAAAGAUAUAGUAAUUGAUGAUAAAAAGGUUACUUAAAGGCCACUUGUAAUGCUUUUAAGUCCUAAAGAGUGAUUUCUCAGAAAUAGCAAUGGUUGGAUGAACAUGCCAGAACUAAGAUCACAUACGUGGCACAGCAGCUGCCAGCAGCCCUUACUUCAGUGGGCAUCUCUCAGAAGGAAUUAUGCAUGCCCAUAGAUGAACACACAGAUGAAUCCGGCAUGUCCUUAGCUGCCUUUUUACUGUUUUAUUGCACCACAACCCCACUACUCCCAACAACCACGUGCUCACUCUACUCCAGUCUCACAGGACUCUGUUGUAACAAGAAAGAGUAACCUACUCUUACAAAAUAGCAGUUCCUUUGGUCUUCUGCACCUUUGCUGCAGCAAGGCAAAAUGCUGGCAGCCUUCUCCAUUACCUCUUCUGAAGGUGCUUGGAAGUUACUUUCCCUUCAGUUCUUUCAAAGCUUCAGAGGGAAGUAGAUGUCUCAGAGCACAGUCCUUCAGGUUAGUCAUCUGGCUCAGUAGGGAAUUGGCCUUUGUAUUGGAAGAUGUAGAAAAGCAUUUCGUGCUCAAAGGCUGGACUGCUAAACCAAAAUAUCUGCUAUCAACUGCGUAGUAGGCAUCCAGGUAGGACUGCCCUGCUCUGCAGAACCUCCUUAGACUGAGACCAGUGUCGUGUAAACACAUUUCUAGAGGGCUGUUAUGUUGGUCCCAUCCUAUACCAGCCAAACCUCUACAAAGCCAUAACUUGCCCACUUUGACUGCAGUAUCUGCUUGCAAAAAAAGACAGUGGUCUGUGUAAAGUGACAAAUCUCAACUCACUGUAGUUUCCCUGAAUGCUAAAAUGUUUCCUUCUACAUCACCUCCCACAUGAUGGCUGGGCCUGGGCUGGCUUUUGUCAUUACUAUCCUCAGUCUCCUUUGGCCUUCAGGAGUUGCAGUCAUUUAUUUUCAUGCUGAAGGUCCUGAGUCCAUAGAGAGAACAACUGUGUUUUGUACAAACAACUGCAAAACUUACUGUCAUUUUAUUUGCAAAGCAGAUCUUAUGACUUUUGCUAGUGACAGUCGUGUCUGUGUCUGAGCUCUUUGUCUCUCAGUCUUUGUAGCAGCAAAGUGAAGGGGCAAUCUCUUCCUGCUUAUCUCUGCAAAAGCCCAGGGACAUCAGUGUAAGCAGAUUUUUGACCCGUUGGCAAUAUCACCUGAUUCUAAACACAGUAUUUCAGAAUCACGCUUUUGCAUGAGGUUUUCAAACAAACACCUGAUGAAUAAUGCAUAGGAAUAGAAAGAGCUUAAGAAACAUAGAUAAAAUUAAACUGUUAAAUAUUGUAGAAAUGGUUACAUUCAGAAAUCAUCUGCCAUCUAUCCAGGGUGCUUAUACAAUUUAUGUAUAAUGGAAAUGACACUUGGUUUAACCUUGUCACACUAUGAUCAGUUUGUGUCUCUUAGCGCUCAACGAUUUACACUAUCUUUUCGCUGUGACAUUCGCCUCAGUAAAAUGCAUUAAUGAGCCAGCAGUGUGUAAAGAUGUAAUUUGUAGCUCAGAUGGUGAAAAUGUCUUCAAAUUUGUAAAGAAAUGAUGUGACAGAUGCACCAGUGUAUGCUAAAAUCUGAGAUUUCUAUUUUAUAGAACACCAUCAUAUGUCACAUAUUCUUUUUUUCCAAUCCAACAGCUUGCCAAUGCCUUUAUUAUUGACAGAACAUAAAGCUGGUGAAGUCCUACAGAUAGACUAUUUUAUAUAUUUUUAUACUUAUAAACAUAAAUAUGUAUUUAUUAUAUGUAUGCAUGCAGCGUAUAUAGUAUACCAUGUAUGAUUUAUAUGUAUAUAUAUAAUACUACAUAGGGGUAAGGGAUGAAAAUAACCUGGGCACAAGGGACUUACUUAUUUCCUUGGGGUGGAAUUUAAAGAUGGCUAGAUCUAACAACCAUAUUCUGAGUGAACAGGAGGUUGAAAUGUAGGUUUUAGGAAUCAUAGAUGAAGAUGGUUUGAGUAAAACUACUUACUGUAUCGAUUUAAGUAAAAAAAGAUAUGAAUUUAUACUAUUAAAUUUGAAAACUUUGAAAUAUUUAGAUGCAAACUGAAUAGGAGGGGUUCAAUCUUUGAUCCCCUACCUCACUGACAGCCUAGGAAAUAGAGCCUGGGAAAUAAAUUACAUUAACUAUGACCAGAGAAGCAAAUGCUAAGUCCAAACAGGACUGGCAGAAUAACAGAGCAAGCAAUUGGAUAGACAGCAAAGCACUGAUUUUGUGUACAGGUGGCAGUGGAUGGGUGUGAGGUGGAAAUCUGCAACACUGAUGGGCAGAUCAGAACUGCAGUCACAAUUUCUGGAGGUGAGCUGAUGUCAGACAGGGGUGGGAUGGGCAUCCUUAAGGCACCAGAAACUUUUUGUCAAUGUACUGCUGAGGCAUUACUGCAACAGCCAAGUACUGAUGUACAUAAAACCCAAAAUGGAUGGGAACACUUCUGAACAGCACACAUAAGGUGGUAAGGGGAAAGACGUGGAGAGUGAGAUAGUAGAGAACUCUGUGGGUCCUGUACAGCUGGAAAGAUUGGGUAAGGAAAAUACGGCACGAAUUCUGUAUAUGAAAUAGAGCAAACUCUAAGGAAUAAUUGUCUUUUUCUGAUUCUUUAGUUCAGAAAACUGCUUUAUAUAAGCAGCCAGGAGCCGGCCCAUACAACCCAACAGCCUUGCCAUUUACUUCUUUCUGGUUCACAACUUUUUCCUUCUCUCUGGUGUCUAUGCUGCGAUGCUGCAGCUCCAGCAGCACGCAAUGCCUGCCUCGGGCUGUCUGGGGAGCACGGUGCUCAGGCCAGAGAAGAGAGGCUCAGAAGAUCCAUUUAGACAGAGGCUCGUCUGCUUGAAAUGAAAAAAGCCGUCUCUCGAAGACCCUUCGAGCCCGGGGGAGCGGGUCCUUGCGCGCUCCCCCGGGGUGCAUUCCCCAGUGCCAUUUGAGGCCGCUCAGCACCAUAAAUGCCAUUUGCAUCGGGAUAGGUUGCAACAGGAGCUGUAAAUCACUGACGGUGGAGCGAACACCUCCAGGGGCAGACACGGCGGAGCCGGGCCUCCUCGAGCUGUGGCAAUGUGUGAACGGUAUCUUUUGUUGAGGGGGGGACUGAUGGCAAUUAGAUGAUACUUAUCUGGCUCUUUGAUGUGUAUUUAUACAAACAACGUUUUCCUCCGGGACUUGAGGUAUAAAGGACUCGUGCUUCCUCACACUCUCCUUCUCGGCAGCUCCAAAACGCAGCAGGAUGACCAAGGCUCCUUUCUCUGUGGAGUGGCUGUCCCAGAGCAGCCAGGCCCCCAAAAGUCCCACUCAGGGCACCCCGCACCGAGCAUCACCCUCGGCCGCCGGCCGCCGGCUCGCCUCAGGCUCCAGACCCGGACUGAGCGAACGGAGCAAGGAGAAAGGCGCCGGGAAAGGCGGCAGGAGCAGCAGGGAGCCUUCGGCAACACCCCCCGCUGCAGGUGCAGCGGGGCAACCCCCAGAGGAGCGGGGCCGCGAGUGCUCGUGCCCCGAGGAGCCGAGGGGCGGCCGGCGGCUGCGCACGGCGUUCAGCCCCGAGCAGAUCAACACCCUGGAGAGCUCCUUUCAGAGGCACCGCUACCUGGGCGCCGCCGAGCGCCGCAAGCUGGCGGGCAGGAUGCGGCUCUCCGAGGUGCAGAUAAAGACCUGGUUUCAGAACCGCCGAAUGAAGCUCAAGAGGCAACUGCAAGAGUUGAGGCCGGAACCUUUCUGCACUCCACCGCUCCCUUUAGGACCUCAGGUGUCCCUGCCACUCACCUACAUGGCCCGGCCGCCACCUCUACCCGGUCGUGAGGCUGCCCCGGGGGGCUUUGCCUUGGCAGCAUUGCCAGCACCUGCCCUGGACAUCAGCAAUGCCUGCAGAGCACAGCCUGUGGGCUUCUGGGCAGCUCCCUGCUUUGUAGGAUACAGGGACCCCAGGGCUUUCUUGCUGAGUGUCUGACCCGCUGGUACGGACCGUGACUAAGGAGAAUUUGCACUAAUAUUUAAUAACUAUAUCUGGGCUGCCCCUGCCUGCAUCUGCCUGCUGGAGUAGUUCUGGUGCAGCGCUGAGCAAGAUAUUGAUCGACGAUCCAGAUCAUGGACUUCAGGCCAAGCUGCCCGUCAAGUUCAAACAUAGUGGGGUAAAUGGUAGCAUAAAUGGAAUCACCUAACAAACCUUAACAUUUUUUCAGUUUUCAUCUCAAUUGGUCACAAGGACUGCAGAACUACUUAUCCUGCCCUGAAAGAGUUCCUACUCAUUAAAUAAAGCACAGUCCUUAUUUUCUAAAUCUGUCCAGGCCCUAGUAGAGAAAGAAUAAUCUUUCUUGUGUUAUACCUUGCAAUUUACCGAGGAUACAUACAAAAAGCAUGAAUUUCCCUAUUCCCUUUAAUGGCUGUCCAAUCUCUCAGCUGCUUCCCAUAUGGCACUUCAGGAGGGGGCUGUGCUUUUAACAAGACAUGUAGAUAUAUCAGGAACUAGUUACCAGUAUUUACUACUGGGCCUGCAAUGACAGCAGAAUUUGUAAUGGAGACCUUGAAAUAGCAUAUGGAAUAUGAUUUUUAGGAUAUAAAAAGUGGCUUUCUAUAAAUAUAUGAAAAUACCUCACCACAAUUUCAUGGGAGCCCUCAGUGGAUUAACAAGGGCCUACUGCGUAAAACAGAUCUUGGAAAGAUCUUGAAUCUUGGGAUCUGGCCUUUCAACUUACAAGUGUCUCAGCGUCUUGCAUGUGCCUAAGGGGGUAUGAGGGUGAUUAUCAAAAUAAAUGCAACAUUUCAAAGCUAUUUUUAUCUAAAUGGCAGUAAAGUUUGUUACCAUUGUGCUGUGCACUUUUUGUUUGAAUAAUGCUCACGAUUUGAUAAUGUCUGAAGAUUUUAUUAAAAUGGCCUGAUUUCAGGCUAGAGAAAGGGCUGUGAAAAAUUAUCCUUGAUUGAUGUAAGUGUAAAUCUUUCAAAGCUGAUUGUGAGCUAACAUGAAAAGAUAAAUAAACAUUUCCAUCACUUCAGAACUGGUCUCCGGGGUUUUUAGAAGAUUUCUGGUGCACUUGUAAUGUGGGAUCUUAUCAUGAAUGGUCUG